GGAGCGGCAAAGUUAUUGAAGGUGAAGAGACCCAAUAUCUUUUGGACAUCAUGUGCUACUCACACCAUCAAUUUAAUGCUUGAAAGCAUUGGAAAACUGCCAAGGUACAAAAAAGUCAUUGAUCAAGCCAAGAGUUUGACAAUCUUUAUUUAUGCACAUCAUAAGACCUUAUCCUUAAUGAGGUCAUUUACAAAGAAGAGGGAUAUAGUGAGACCAGGUGUCACUAGAUUUGCUUCUUAUUUCCUUACUCUACAAAGUUUAAUGGAGAAAAAGAGCCAAUUGAGGGAAAUGUUUACUAGCUCUGAGUGGGAGGAGUGCAAGUGGUCAAAGACUGUUAAAGGGAAAGCAGCCUAUGCAACUGUGUUAAGCAUUGCUUUCUGGAAUGGUGUGACUAUAUGUCUUAAGGUUUUUGCACCUUUGGUGAAGGUGCUUCGAAUUGUUGAUGCAAAUAAGAAGCCUUCUAUGGGCUUUUUAUAUGGAGAGAUUAAUCAGGCAAAAAAGGAUAUUAAGGAGGCCCUAAACAAUCUUGAAAAGAACUAUUUGCCUAUUAUGGAAAUUAUUGAUGCAAGAGUGAAAGAUAGGCUAGAUAGUCCAUUGCAUUUUGCGGCUUACCUUUUGAAUCCAUAUUAUUUGUUCAAAGAUAUGGAUAUGCAAUUUGAUAAUGAACUAAUGGAUGGGUUUUUUAAUGCUGUGGAGAUGUUUUUUUAUGGUGAUGAUCGCAUGCAAGGGUAUAUUUUAAAUGUUGAGUUUCCAAAAUAUACUUGCAAAGAAGGAGUUUUUGGAAAGUCAUGGGCAAUUCAAGGGUGUGCAACAAAUGAUGAUAAUUAUAACCCAGUUAAAUGGUGGAUGACUUAUGGAAAUCAAACACCAAACUUGCAACGAAUGGCGAGAAGGAUCCUCUCGUUAACUAGUAGUUCAUCCGGUUGUGAAAGAAAUUGGAGUGCUUUUGAAGGGGUUAGUGCAUAUUUUAAAGUGUUUUCAAUAUUUUAAUCAAUUAGUUAUCUAUCAUUUAUAUUGAAUUAUUGAUAUUGCUUUCAUUUUCUUCAUGUAGAUACAUACGAAGAAAAGAAAUAGACUAGAUGUUACUCGAUUGAACAAUCUAGUCUUUGUCCAAUUUAAUGCAAAAUUGAUGAACAAGCAAAAAAGGGAGAAGGAGAGGAAUGUUGAUGUGCUACUUGCUAGUGAUGCUAGUAAUGCACAAGGAUGGAUCGUUGAUGGAGAAGAUGAUGAAGAAAUUGAGCCUAGUAUGGG